UCCUCUCCUCUGCUAGCCCGGCGCGUCCCACGACUUGGUGCGGCUUUGCAGCAGAGCUCCGCCGGGCGGGGUACAACUCCGACCUCCCCGUUUCUCGGGAAGGGGCGAGGAAGGAUCAAGGCAGCACUGCAGGGGCGACCCUGGAAGCGACGCGCUUCCUUGGCGUUAAACUCUCCUAGCGUUUUUGCAGGAUUGGGAUUCCCUCGGGCGAUCAAGUCGAGAGAUCCGCUGGCGAGGGGAUCUCGACUUUUAUUUUUCCCCUAUGUCCGAGACUUUAGGAUCGACAGUAGCCCGGGCUGGCUGCGUGAUCUCGGUGUCUCAUUCCCGGGACACCCGCGGGUGUUGCAGCGGCAGCGGCGUCCUCUUGAGUCGAGAUCCCCCGGGUAUCGUUCUUUGCCCCGGGAUCCUCUUUGCCCCUUUCCUUCUAGAAUUCGAGCACCCCGAUUGGUCACAGGAGAAAGUCCUGCUCUCCGAUCGCUUCUUGCCGGGCCUCCAGAUCCAGGUUCUUAAGGCAGGUGGGGACAACAGCAGCAAAGCCAACCGGGAUCGCCUGGCUGGAGACCUCGGGGGAAAUAACCCCGUGCUGAGGUUUAAUCCGCUUUCGAAUCGGGGUCGAUCCCCCAACGGUUGGAGGCACUGCGAGGCUGAGCUGCUGAUGGUAGCCGCCUGCCCGCAGUUCCAGGAGGCCUUCUCCCAAAUCUUCAGCACCUCCGAUCGGUGGCAUUUUGGUGGGAAUGACUUUGAGGAAGAAGUCAAUACUUUGGAGAAGGACUUGCCUUGCCUGCAUUGGUUUGCCCUGCUGAGGAUCCUGGAGCCCGAUUCCCAUGAGGCGAGUUGGGUGAGCUGCGUCCCAGCCGGAUCCCUCAGGAAGGGGGACACCGUCUUCACCUGUGGCUCCCCUUUUGGCUCCUUGUGCCCGGAGAUCUUCAUGAAUACGCUUAGUAAAGGGAUAGUCAGCAACCUGGCAGGAGCAAACAAUGCCCUCCUCUUGACUGAUGCCCGUUGCUUGCCUGGCACCGAAGGUGGCGGUGUCUUCGUCACGUCAGGAAUGGGUCCUCAUCUGGUCGGGAUCAUCGUGGCUCCGCUUUGCUGGAAAGCCACCGAGUGGGUUGGCUUGACUCUGGUUUGUGCCGUUGACGCCAUUCUGGAGAGUGUCGCAGGGAUCCUUUCAGGGUCUCGGGGUUUCCCGAAGCCCUGGUUGCUCCCCGCAGAACUUGUGACCAGGUCACAUGCUAUGAUGGCACUCAGAAAUGGACUGGACAGGCAUCUGUUGGAUGUUGUAGUUCUGGUAGAAUGCGGACCCACCUGGGGGUCCGGGGUGAUGAUGAAUUCAAAGCUGAUGCUAACCUGUCGACAUGUAGUCUGUGGAGCAUCAAGUGUCUGUAUCAGGUUUGUAACUGAUCCUAAAAGGGAUUCUGUAGUGAAAGGAAAGGUAGUGUUUUCAACAAAGGACUCUUCCCCCUAUGAUAUUGCAUUGGUAGAGUUGGAAGAAGGUUUAUCCACAUUGCCAGAGCUUCCUCUAGCAUCAGCGUUUCAUCCAGGAGAAGAUGUCAGUAUUGUGAGCUUUGGUGUGUUCGGUCAGGCCUGUGGACCGUCUGUUACAUCGGGAAUCCUCUCAGCUGUGAUCACCGUAGAAGAUAAGCCAGUGAUGCUCCAGGCAACCAGUGCAGUUCACGGUGGCUCAAGUGGAGGCGCCCUCUUUGGCACCCACAGUGGGAAACUUCUAGGAAUUGUUGCCAGCAACACAAGAGAUAACAGCGUUGGUGUGACCUAUCCUCACCUCAACUUUAGCAUUCCUGUUACAGUCCUGCAGUCAGCCAUCUUGCAAUAUAUCCACCAUGGAAGCCUGCAUGGCUUUCAAGAACUAGACAGAGUAGGAGAAAGAAUUCAGGUUGUCUGGAGACUACAAAGAGAACCUGUGGAGAUGCCACGCAGCAAACUAUGAGAAUUUUCACCGAAUGAAGAAGUAUAGAAGAAUAUUGGCUUCAUAUAUCUUAGGUCAAGGGUAGUCAACCUUUUUAUACCUACCGCCCACUUUUGUAUCUCUGUUAGUAGUAAAAUUUUCUAACUGCCCAC